GCGAGAGUUGCUUUUGCGCGCGAACUCGAAGUGCAAGGGUCGGUCUGAUCGCGGCUAGUGGCUGUGCAGGUCCCCGGGGGCCGCGACUACCCCAGCGGACCCGGACACCUGUAUCACCCCGCCAUGGAGACCUCAGCGCAGCAGGAGCAGCAGCAGCCCGCGGCGGCCAGGAUCAGAAACCUGCCCUGGGUUGAAAAAUACCGGCCACAGACACUGAAUGAUCUGAUUUCUCAUCAGGACAUUUUGAGUACCAUUCAGAAAUUUAUUAGUGAAGACCGCCUGCCGCACCUGCUUCUCUAUGGUCCUCCGGGGACGGGGAAGACCUCCACCAUCCUAGCCUGUGCAAAACAGCUCUACAAAGACAAGGAAUUUGGCUCCAUGGUCUUGGAGCUGAAUGCUUCAGACGACCGAGGAAUAGAUAUCGUUCGGGGACCAAUCCUGAGCUUUGCUAGCACAAGGACAAUAUUUAAGAAAGGCUUCAAACUAGUGAUCCUGGAUGAAGCUGACGCCAUGACUCAGGAUGCCCAGAAUGCCUUGAGGAGAGUGAUUGAGAAAUUCACUGAAAAUACCAGAUUCUGCCUCAUCUGUAACUACCUGUCAAAGAUCAUCCCCGCCCUGCAGUCCCGGUGCACAAGGUUCCGAUUCGGCCCCCUGACUCCGGAACUCAUGGUCCCCCGCCUGGAACAUGUCAUAAAAGAAGAGAAAGUGGACCUGAGUGAAGACGGGAUGAAAGCACUCGUGACCCUUGCCAGCGGAGAUAUGCGAAGGGCUCUGAACAUUUUGCAGAGCACCAACAUGGCCUUCGGGAAGGUGACGGAGGAGACGGUCUACACCUGCACCGGGCACCCCCUCAAGUCCGACAUUGCCAACAUUCUGGACUGGAUGUUGAAUCAAGACUUCACCACAGCCUACAGAAAUAUUACAGAGUUGAAAACGCUGAAGGGCUUGGCGCUACAUGACAUCCUGACAGAGACACACUUGUUCGUGCACAGAGUUGACUUUCCAUCUUCAGUUCGAGUACAUUUAUUGACCAAAAUGGCAGACAUAGAGUACAGACUUUCUGUUGGCACCAACGAGAAGAUUCAGCUGAGUUCCCUCAUUGCUGCUUUCCAGGUCACCAGGGACCUGAUAGUCACAGAGGCCUAAAUGCCAAGCCUGAGCCCAUCAGCUGCGAUUCGCAGGCCCUGCAGUGACUGGACUACGGGGGACUGAGUUACGGCUGGGGACCGAAGCCACAGUUGCCCCAAGUUUUGGAAAACCCUGUUCCAGGCACGGGUGGGCCAAGGUUUAAAAAGUACAGUGUCUGUGGCCGUUUGGAGCAGAUACAAAACAGUUUUAACGCCCAGCUCUCUUAACUGCACUGCCCACUUAUCUUACAGGGAAAAAGUGCAAAAAGUUGGGUUGUUUUUUUUUUGGCCUUAAGGCUUUUACCAUUCGGUUGCUUGGAUGAGAGGAAACUGGCCUCCCCCAUUUUAGUCUAGAACCUAGGGCUUCCCAGUCUUCCGUGGUGCCGAUGUCUUCUAACUCAAGGGCAACAGAACAGCUCUACAAUUAAGUGCAUGAACCUAUCUGUGGCACUGUCUCUGCUUUAAUAGGAAUCAAUGGGGGGAAAAAGGGUGUGAAUCGAUUUCUGGCCCAAACUACUGUUCUCUUAUAAACAGGCUCAGUUCUCUUUACAAACAUCUUUUUAUUUCUCCUCUACUAGCAGGUUCCUACUAGUGGUGUGGACAGCGAGGCGUCAUUGUAGGCCUGCGGGGGCAAGGUUGCACGGUCCUCCCUCGUUCACGUAGGGAGGGCAGGUGAGCCCGGGCCGGACUCUGAAGCUCCAAGUGCGGGAAGGACAGGGCCCCGUGUACAGUGUAGCCAUUUCUUCCACAGCAAACAGGCUGCCUUUACGAUAGUGUUCCUCUCAGUGAAAAUAAAGCAGCUUGCGUGUUGGCCAUUAACAAGUGACUCUUUCCUUCACAGUUAGACACUGACUUACUCAACUUGCAUUUAUGUGAAAAAGCCUCCCCCCUCAUAUCACAGAACAAGCUUACGUCAGAGGCUGUUCUUUAUCAAGGUGUCAGCUUCUCCGACUAUCAAAAGGGAGAGGUUGGUCAUUGCCCUCAUCCACAUACACCUCGCUCCCCGAGGACCCUGAGCAAAGUCUGAAGCUAAUGGCCAGUUGGGGCCUCGGGGAAGCCACCCAGAGCCACUCAGGCUGCACUGUGAUGGUUCAAGAUGACCACAAAAUGUAAUAUUGGCCCAAGCCAUUCCCCGCCGUCCUGCUAUACUCACUUGUUUUAAAAGGUGAUUUUUUUUUUCUUAUUGAAAAAAUGAAAACAGUGAGCCGAGAGCUUUUUAGCUUUUCCUUCAAUGAAAGCCUCUCAUCUUGAAAAGAAAUGUUUUUCUUCAGCAACAAAGGUGGUAAAGACUCUUGUACUUUUGCGACAAGUUUUAUCAACAUUAACACUGGCCUCCAUAAAGCACCUAGUAAGAAAGCCAAAGGAUAAGAUGUUGCAUUUCUUUUAAAAUAAUUUAAAAUAUAUUAAAUUUUCCAAAGGCAGAUUUCAUUGGAAUGAGGUGUCUUGAUCAGAGAACUACACGCCACUGAAGAACAGUACUUUCAAGGAGCUAUUUUUGUUAAGGGGUCGAGGUGAAACGGGCUGACUGGUCCGAUGCGGUGAGGCAGCGAAGUCAGACCUCGUACAUGACAAUCAGCUGGAGGGACGACGACACCGAUUCUCUACACCAUGAAGAAGAGACAUCUUCACAACUGUUCGACUUAAGAACUAUGGUUUUUAGAUACCAGGAAGAAAACAGAGUUGUACCUUAACAUCUGUUGAGAAAAUACAAAUAAAUAGGCUACAAACAGCAAACCGCUUGACAACUCAGUCGCCACUUGGACAGUCAUGCAGUUGAAUACAUCCUUGUGUAACCGGACACACACAUUGGUCAUCUCCUGCACAUGCAUACCACUGCNUUUUU